UUGCACACUCCACAAUUGCAGUGUACAUUUUGAUAUCGUCCUGUUAUUUGUUUUUUUGUAUAAAAUGCAUAAAAUUAAAUUAACUGGAUUUCAACUUCAAGUACUUAUUUCAUUAUGUAUGUACAUGGGAUUAUUGCUUCUUGGUUUUACAAUUUCGUGGUCUGGGCCCAUGAUACCGAAACUACAGGAUUUAGAUCAAUCUCCUCUAUCACAUAAACUGACCGACACACAAGUUUCUCUUACUGGAUCUUUGUUAUACAUUGGCUCCAUACCAGGUUCAUAUUUGGUUGGAUGGCUUUCAAACUUCAAGGGUCGAAAACCAUGUUUGCUACUAGGUAGCCUUAUCAGUAUGAUAGGAUAUAUUUUGCUUCUUACUACCCGCAAUGUGCCGAUGCUCUUCAUAGGAAGACUGUUGACAGGAUUUAGUGUUGGCUGCAUCUUUCUUGUGGUCUUUGUUUAUCUGGGAGAAAUAGCGUCUACCAGUAGGCGUGGUACCCUGCUUGCCAUUGCAGGAAUAUUUACAACUUUAGGUUCGAUGUCAUUAUUCUCAGCAGCAACAUUCCUCUCUUAUCGAGAAUCAACCUCCGUUGGGUUGGCAUUCAGUAUAAUAUUUAUUUUAGGCCUACUAAUGAUUCCAGAAUCUCCGAUGUUUCACGUUUUAAAAGGAGAUGACAAUGCUGUUAAGAAAACAUUACAGGACUUGGACAGAUUGGACGAUUUAGAAAAAUUCAUUGUAGCAAAACAAGAUUACAGAACUAUAAGCAAUAUAAAAGAUUGGAGAGAUUUAUUUACAUUAAGAAAUAACAGAAAAGCAUUAUUCCGACUGACGUCGAUUAACAUUUUCCAACAAUGCAGUGGUGUGAUGGCUAUCAUGUUUUUUUUCCCUAAAAUAUUUGAAUUAUCCGGUUCAAAAAUAGAAGGAAAUCUUGGAAUGAUAAUUAUUGGAUGUUUUCAAUUAAUGGGAAGCACCGUGACCCCUAUUUUUAUUGAAAAGAUAGGGAGAAAGGUCAUCUUGACGAUGUCCUGUGCAAUUUGUUCUUUGUCCAUGUUCACGCUGGGACUAUAUUUUUAUUUGUUGGAUAUUGGAAAUCCAGGGAUACAAAAUGUACAUUGGUUGCCUCUUGUAGUACUUAUAUUUUUCUUCCUUGGAUUUGAUUCAGGUCUAGCAAUCAUACCGAGUGUCUUGAUCGGUGAGAUGUUCACGCCAAAUGUUAGGAGCUGUGGUUCAACAUUAACAAUCACAGUGAGCGGGUUAAUUGGUUUCCUGGUAACAAUAGUUUUUGGAACGAUAGUUAAUAAAGUUGGCCCAUUCGUUCCAUUUUGGUUCUUUUCCUGUACUUCUGCUCUUGCUUUCUUAUUCACAAUAUUUUUCAUUCCCGAAACUAAGGGUAAAGGUUUGUUAGAAAUACAGAUGGAUUUGGGCAAAAAAUAGCAACACAUAUGUAACGGCCAUAAAACCUAAUGUUGGGUUAUUUCUGUUGUUAUUUCACUAAGGUUUAUUGAAUGCAAACAACAACAAAAACUUCAUUGUAUCUUUCUUAAAAA